ACGUGCCAUCUCCCUUCUUUCCUCUUCUUGCCUACUCCUUUCCUUCUCUCACAGCACAAACUACUGAAAGAGAACAGUGACGUGAACAAUGGAGGAAUUCUCAGUGGAUGAUCCGACUCAGUUGCUCCAAGCAGCUUCGGAUUUCGCAUACUAUUCUGGCUUUCAAAACGAUGCUUCUACGAAGGAGUUUCUUGAUCGAUUCCCUCUUCCUGUCAUUAUCAAUGCUUUACAAACCAAAUCAGACAUGCCAGGUCUGGAAAGUACCUUGGCUGUUUGUUUGGAAAGGUUGUUCAAGACUAAGUAUGGUGCCUCUCUCAUCCCACACUACAUGCCUUUCAUACAAGUUGGUCUUAAGGCAGACUCUCCAAUAGUCAGAUGUCUAGCUUGUAAAACGGUUACUUGUCUUCUGGAAAAUUUCAAUGGCAAUAAUGUUUCUGCUGCACAGCUCAUAGUUGACUAUGGUGUAUAUCCGCUGUUACUCGAUUGCCUCGUAAAUGGCAAUGAACAAGUGGCGACUGCAUCUAUGGAUGCAAUUAAGAGGUUAGCUGGUCUUCCACAGGGCAUGGGAAUUAUCGUUCCAACUAAUACCAAGGAUCCCACACAUCUCAGGGAGUUAGCAACUCGAUGUUCAUCAUUGGGACGUGUUCGAAUAUUGGCUUUGAUAGUUAAGCUAUUCUCCGUCUCCAGCUCCGUGGCAUCAGUGGUUCACAAGUCAAAUCUGCUUGGAUGUUUUGAGGAGGAAGUCAACAAGACAGAUGAUACCCUUGUAAUGUUGAGUGUAUUGGAGCUCUUGUACGAGUUGUCAGAGAUUCAACAUGGUAGAGAGUUCUUGUCAGUAAGCACCCUUCUGCAACUACUUAGCUCUAUAAUCAGCAGCACGUCAAUGGAGUCAGUUUUGAGAUCAAGAGCAAUGAUGAUUAGUGGAAGGCUUUUGUACAAGGAGAAUUACAUGUUUGCUGAUGAACGAAGCAUUAGAACUGUAAUUUCAGCCAUAGAUGGAUCGCUUGGUUCAUCAGCAACUCAAGAUACGGAUGAAUAUGAAUCUGCUCUUGAAGCACUAGGCCAGAUAGGGUCUUCUAUCCAAGGAGCAGAGUUGCUGCUUUCAAGUUCACCACCUGCUGUAAGACAUGUUGUUGAUACUGCCUUUAAUCGGCAAGGACGCGGUAAACAGCUUGCUGCUCUGCAUGCACUUGGAAACAUUUCUGGAGAAACUCGUUCUGAGAAUAGCAUGAUACUGAACAGCAAUUCAGAAGAGACUCUGCGACAAUUAAUUUAUGAAACAGCAUCCAAGACUUCCAAGUUGACACCAUCAGGUCUUAUUUUGUCGGUUCUUCAACAGGAUUCAGAAACUCGUUUGGCGGGUUACAGAGUGAUAACUGGACUGGUGGCUCGUCCAUGGUUCCUGAUGGAGGUUUGCGCAAAAAAAGAUAUCAUAGAUAUGGUGACUGAUGCAAAUACUGAAACCACCAAAAUUGGUCUAUUCUCUUAUCCCUAUGUAUGGAGGCAAGAUAUAAUUGUUGCAAGGCAAUCCAGAAGGCUCUUAUGUCGUCAAGCAAAGUUGCCAGCGACCCUUCUCUUGCUGGGAUAGUUGCAAAGGUGUAUGAUGCUGUUAGAAUGGGUCCAUAUCUUGCUAGAAAGCAGCUUGAAGCUCGACCUGCUGUGAUGACAGCUGACAGAUUCUAGCAUUAUAACAGGAAAUGUGUCAAUUUUCUUUCAAGCAUAAUCGUUUUCGUAAAUUUCUGAGAAAGUUGGUAGGACUUAAUUGUGCGUUUGGAAGAAGCUAACAGUUAAAUACUGAGCCUUGUAAAUGGAAUGGUGAAUUUUGAUAUAUACACAAAAAUGUGUAAAACUUUGGUUUCCUUUUCUCCAAUUUGGAAUUUACAGUUCAAGUAGUAAAGAGACGUUUUUCUGCUUUACGGGCAAGAGGCAGUUGUA